AUGAGAAAAAAACUGGAAAACGUUAUUUCACAUCUCAUUGAACACUUAGUACAGUUACCAUGUGUAAUUGAUGACUUCUCUUUAGAUGUAUUAUAUAAGGAAAGUACUCAACAGCCUAAUUGUUUUCAAAUUGAAUUGGAGACGUGGAUUCAAAGAUAUGAAAUGGAAAGAUUAGAUAUAAUGAGUAAAGAAUAUGUCCAUGUUGAUCAAUGGUUACAAGAUAUUUCAAAAAAUGAUCCAUAUGCAAUCACAGUAUCAACAAUCAGAAGUAUUUUCAAUGAUCAUCCUGAAAUUGGUAUUUUCAUACAUCAAUUCAAUGAUCAAAUUAAUUGUUUCUUUUCUGAACUUAUAUUAAACACAUCACAUUUAUCAAUCAUAUUGAAUAGAACAAACAAUCUCAAUGGAAUUGUUCAUCAAGAUGAUUGGAUAAAACUUAUCAUUCAUAAUAUGAUUAUCAUGAAAUCAAAUAAAUCAAUAAUCUAUUUAUUAAAUUGUCUAUUAGCUCAUGCAUCUACAACAUUUAAUAUAAUGAAUUCAAAAAAAAUAACCAAUACUACUCAUACUACUAAUGUUAACACUACUACUCAUACUACUCAUACUACUAAUGCUAACACUAAUACUCAUACUACUCAUUCUACUAAUGCCAACACUACUACUCAUAAUACUACUACUAAUACUACUAGUGCUAACACUAAUACUCAUACUACUACUACUACUACUACUACUACUACUACUACUACUACUACUACUACUACUACUACUGCUACUACUACUACUAGUAGUAGUAGUAGUAGUAGUAAUAUGGAACAUAAAGAAGAAUCUAUAUCCACAAUUAUUCGAUCAUUAUUUAUUAUAGAUUGGUUCACUGAACAAUAUCCAUAUUUAAUUGAUACAUUAAUAAAUAUAGAUUAUAAAGAUUUACUUUAUAUUUUCAAUAUAAAUAGUAUUAUAUCUAUAACGGAUAAAUUCAAUGAAAUAUCUCCAAUGAAUUUAAUACAAAUCAAGUUGAUUAAAUGUAUUCUAAUUGCAUUAAUAAGUCGAUUAUAUGAGAAACUUAAUAUUAUCAGUGAAAUUUCAUAAACAAUGUUACAUAACGAGUAAUGAUUUGAUCAAGUACAAUGAGCACAAUGUACAUAAUUAAUUUCUUAAAAUGAUAUAUAUCUGACAUUGAAUCGUAUCUUGAAGAGUAACUUAGUUGAUUAUGUAUAUCUAUCAGUUAUAAGUACUUAAUUGUAUUGUGUUGUGUUGUGUUGUAUUGUAAAUCUUUUCACAUAGUAAAUAUACUGAUUCAUUGAUAUUCAA